UCCGAGUCCUCGGGCGUGAACACAACCGCCAUCAUGUCGGGAGGAUUAAGUGUUAUGGCUUUGGAAGAGAAUGAUGUGACGCGGUUCCUGGCCGCGUCCACUCAUCUCGGAUCCAGCAACAUGAACUUCCAAAUGGAACAGUAUGUUUUCAAGCGCCGCCAAGAUGGUGUGCACAUCAUUCAUCUGCUAAGGACAUAUGAGAUCUUGCUGGCUGCCCGUGCCAUUGCAGCCAUUGAGAACCCAACAGAUGUGUACAUCUCUUCCCGCCCCAUGGGCCAGCGUGCUGUGCUGAAGUUUGCCCGUUAUACUGGUGCAACCCCCAUUACAAGCCGCUUCACCCCAGGAGCCCUCACCAAUCAGAUUCAGGCUGCUCUCCGUGAGCCUCGUCUGCUUGUGGUGACUGAUCCCAUCUCAGACAGGCAGCCAAUCACUGAGGCUUCCUAUGUCAGCAUUCCUGUACUUGCUUUCUGCAAUACUGACUCCUCACUUCGUAUGUUGGCCCGUGAGGUUCUGCGUGGAACCAUCUCCUGCAACCUGCCAUGAGAGACAGACGUCAUGCCUGAUCUGUUCUACAGGGAUGCUGAAGAGCAAGAGAGCGAGGGUGCGGCUUUUCGCCCCCAUCGGCGUUAG